AUGGAGGGCACCUCAGCUCCACCUGGUAUCUCGAAAACAGGUGUGACAGCGAUGUCUGAUUCGUUGGUGAACCCCGGCGAGCGGCAACCAUCCGCACUACGUUCAUCCAUGUCCCUCUUAUCUCACCCAUCACCUCAUAGCAAAGGAAGGACAGCCCGUAAGGUUGGAUUUCUCCUCGACGGCGAACAAGGGGACCUCGAGGUGGCACCAGCCUCGACUGACUCGUCGCAGUGGUUCGCCGCGUCAGCAGGGUACGUGUCGAACGAGACCAAAUCACCCUUAUGGUGCGGCCAGGAGCUUGAAACCCUUCGGGAGCUGACGCUUCGGUGUGGCGAGAAUUUCGCUCGUGUGGCAAGUGAACUAGGCUACGAGGUGGUGCCGCAGGCACAAGUCGAGACACCCCAAUCGGAGCAGCACGACAGUGUGGGGGCCUGUGCUUCAGUCCAGGGUUGCUUAACUUACGGAUCCACCGUGGCGGAGGGUGGAUCCCCGUGGGAUGGUAGCUUUUUGAAGCCUAACCUGUGCGUUUCAACGAUGAACCCUUCUGAAAGUAAGGAAAAUGCUAAGAGAAACUUUUUCCCACAUUUUUCACCCAUAGAACAGCACUUCAACCCUGGUCAACAUUUUGGCGACCUUCGUCAGGCCAUGAUUCCCUGUGGUUCUGAAUUUGGGAACAUCGAUUAUGAUGAUAAUAAAAAUCCACAGACGGUUUCAGUGCAGCAGUUCCCUCUCUCUCUUUGGAGAGAGCCCAAGAACGGGUCUAGUGAUUGUAGUGUAAGUAUUAGUGAUGAAAUGAAAACAGUUCCUUUUAUUACGCUUCCGCUUGAUGAGAUGGUUAUGGAGGUGGACGACUGUAGUGGCCUUGGGUCUCAGCAUUUUUCUUCAAUCUCUACAUUUCAGGCGUCUCAGUCUAUGGGUACUCCACGAGAGAUCACCGUACAUAACAUCUUUUCCUCUUCAUGCGCUGGAAAUUCUUCGUCGACGGGCAGCACUAUGAUGCAGUCGAAUUCAUCGUUAAACGAGUACCCACAGAACAGGAAUGAUUUUCGUCUUGAGUUGGACCCAUCCUCCGCCGUCAAUCCUACGACAUUGUUUGCGCAUUCGGGUGAAUCAGAGGACGAGCCCGAAGGUGAACUAAACGUAUCCUCUCGUAAUUGGAGUCCGAACAGAGAUCUGAGCCGUAACCAUGUCCCAGUAACCUUGCUUCCUGGCCCUCACCCCACUGGCUUCUCCUCUGAGGAGUACCAAACCUCAUUGACGCAGCACAACGUAUCAUAUAGCGAUGAUGAGGACGGCGGGCCCACGACACGAGUCAACCAAAAUUACUCUAUAUCAAUUCUCUCACCAGCCUUAAAUGAGCCCCAUUCUGGCUCGUCCGUGGCGAGACCUCAGAUAUAUUAA